AGUCAGAAGAAAAACAUGUAUUGGGAACAGGAUUCUCAUUGAGGGCAAUUUGGGGAGACGUGUUCCAUGGGAGAAUGUCUGCAAGUUCAGGGUGGUCUUCUCUCGAUAAGGAUGCCUGGCACAGCCUGUCCGACACACGUUCAAGGCAGCUCACACACCGGGACUUCGGGAACAAGGAGAGGGCAGGGAGGAAGUGAGGCCAGACUGAAAUGUCCUCAGACAAGAGCUGGCUCGGAGGAGAGAAAGUGGGUGUGGGUAGCUGGCAGCAUGUGAGUAGCUGGCUGCAGGUGAGUAGCUGGCUGCAUGUAAGCAGCUGGGGUAAGUAGUGAGUGCAGAGGUGGGCCGGGUGGGAACAGGUAAGUCUCGUUAAGGAAUUAGGAAGUUAUUUUUAGGACAUCAGGAAGGCCCACAGCCUGUGAUGUAAGGGGACGGCAUUGCCCUGGUUCUCUUCUGAUAAAGAACGUCCUUGCGCAGCCUAAAGGGUUUGCAGUGUUUCAGAGAGAUGGCGGUGGCUGGGCAGAGGUAGUGAGGAAGGAGAAGAGAGGUGGGUUUGAGGACCCAAGAAUGCUUAGUUUAUGCCUUGGCAUCGCUAUAAAACACUCUUCCAUUGUGUGUGUGUGUGUGUGUGUGUGUGUGUGUAAAAUCUGUCUGCUAGUUACCACCGACCUUUCGACAUUAUAACAAACAUCAUCAACUAAGUCCACACACCAGAACUGUGAAAUCAAGUAGUUAUAAAGGGAAAAAAAUCUCAUAAAUUGCAACACACACACACACACAAACACACUACACACAUUACACACACACAUACACACACACACAUAUACACACAUACGGAUGCAUUUUGCUGGUGGUUGAGAGGUCACUGGUAUUUUUCAGCACAAAAGAAAUGCAAGAUGAUUGACAAGAAUUCAACAUUCAAGAAAAACACCAAAAAAAGCAAAAAUAUAUGGCUAUACAUAGGUGUGUGUGUAUAUACACACAUUUUGAUCUACUUCCUUCUAAUCUUUCCCCAUUUUAAUGUGUGCAUAUAUAAUUAUGUAUAAAUGUCUUUUUAUCGCUUUAUGUCUUCUAUUACAUUUUAUUAUAAUAGUGCAUUCAAACAAUGAAUAAAAAUGAGUGUGUUUAAAGACUACCCAAUUUUGAAUUCAAGCCAUCACUAGCCAGGUUAAGAAAUUGCAUUCUCAGGGCUGGAGAGAUGGCUCAGAGGUUAAGAGCAUUGGCAGCUCUUCCAGAGGUCCUGAGUUCAAUUCCCAGCAACCACAUGGUGGCUCACAACCAUCUAUAAUGAGAUCUGGUGCCUUUUCCUGGUAUGCAGGCAGAACACUGUAUAAACAGUAAAUAAAUAAAUACUGCCCCCCUCAAAAAAAAAAAAAAGGAAAAGAAAAGAAAUUGCAUUCUCUCCAUUUGCGUCUGCCUCCCUACCUCCCCGAAGGUAGCCAAGAGGGAGGAAGGGCCUUAGCCUUACUAAUCUGUAUUAUCAUUUAAUUACAGCCAGGGAGAAACAUGACCACAUUAGCCAACUUUACACAGACACUGGAGGAUGUCUUCAAAAAGAUUUUUAUUACUUACAUGGACACCUGGAGGAAGAACACGACAGCUGAGGAACAGGCGCUCCAGGCCAAGGUGGAUGCCGAGAACUUCUACUAUGUCAUCCUGUACCUCAUGGUGAUGAUCGGCAUGUUCUCCUUCAUCGUGGUGGCCAUCCUGGUGAGCACGGUGAAGUCGAAGCGGCGGGAGCAUUCGCAGGACCCCUACCACCAGUACAUAGUGGAGGAUUGGCAGGAGAAGUAUAAAAGUCAGAUCCUGCAUCUGGAGGACUCCAAGGCCACCAUCCAUGAGAACAUGGGGGCAACGGGGUUGACGGUGUUGCCCUGAUAAAUACCAAGGGGACAUCUGGCUGUGAAGGGGUGCUUUUACCACCUAGCGAGUCCGACUUGUCCUCGCUCCCAAGAAAGCUAGGUCCUCUCUGUGCUGAAAACCUUCAGAGUGAUGGCCUGUCUGGCCAACUGACCCGGGUGACAUUUCUAUCUCCGUGGUUUACAUGAGCCCACUGGGGAGACACUGUGUGUUGGAGAUCUCAUCUUUACUUGCCAUGCUAUGUAAAUGUCAUGUAAGUUAGUUUCAAUCAUGAGAAUGGAGCCAAACACGGAGCAGAGGCCCUGGGCGGGGUGGCGGGGCAGAAAGCAGAGAUUUACAAAUCCUCCACCUGCAUCCUCAUAGGAAAUGUUAGUCUGAAUGUAGCAAAUUCAAUUUACAAAUAAGUCAAACGUGUUAUUCAGAAGCCAAGGCUUAAAUCUAUCACGGGCUUGCUGAACUGACAGGCGAGCAUUUGCUUAACUGAUUCAUGGGCACAGAGUCCGCGGGGAUGAACAGACAGAAGCAUGGGGUUAUUCUGCACUCACCGCUCUCCUGGUAUUUAACUGAUCUGGGCGUCUGGACAGAACAAAUGUCUCCAUUUGCGUCUGCCUCCCUACCUCCCUGAAAGAACAAAAUAAUCCACACCAGAGGUAUUAAAUAUUCAAGAACUACCCAAGGCAACCAAAACGUGUUUUCAAUUUUUUUAAAGAAACUUCAACUUUAAAAGUUCUCAUUACUUAAAAAAAUAUGGCUCUUCCAGAGGAUCCGAUUUCAAUUCCCAGCACCCACACAGUGGUUCACAGCUAUCUGUAACUCCAGUUCCAGGGGACCUGACACCCUCAUCCAGACAUACAUGCAGGCAAAACACCAAUUCAUAUAAAUAAGUAAACAAAUUAAAAAGAAAGAAAGGAAUUGGAUUCCAGGCCAGAAAAAUAAAUUUUAAAAAUAUGGCAUUUUUUCCUAAACAUCAUACUUUUUACUUAUUUUUAGUUCCUUCUAUUUACAACAGCUUAUUUUCACGAAUGUUUGACAAGACUAAAGCUACAGAACAUCCACUAGGUGUUUGCUGCAAACUACAUAGCAGUUGCUUAAUCUUCUGCACCAUAGUGGGGGGUGGGGUGGAGAGAUGUUGGUCAAAGGCUACAAAUUUUAAAAGGGCCUGGGGGUGCACACCCAUAACCCCAACCCUCAGGAGGCUGAGGUGGAAGGAGCUAGCUGAGUUUUAAAGUCAUUCAAGAUUCAUUGUACUGUAAGAUCAGUAACAAUGCUUUUUAUUCUUAAAAAACUGGUACAUGACCGAGCAUGGUGGUACAUGCCUUUAAUCCCAGCACUCAGGAGGCUGAGGCAGGUGGAUCUCUGUGAGUUCAAGGCCAGUUUGGUCUACAGAGCGAGUUCCAGAACAGCCAGAGCUACACAGAGAAACCCUGUCUCAAAAUAAACAACAAACAAAAAAACUGAGAAGUGAGCGGCUGUCAAGUGUCCUUAUCUGUAUGAGAUGCUAUAUGUUAGUCAUUCCACAAUGGGUAUAUGCUUCAAAACAUCUUGUUAUGUCUGUACAUACAAUGCAACCUACCAUUAAAAACAUAAAAUGAAUAUUUUGUACCAUAGAGCACACGGCAUCAUCAUGCCAGAGCUGAAGGGCACCUUGGAGGUCACCUGUACCCUUCACCUACAGAUGAGAAAGCUGCAAUCUAUCAAGAUUAGAUGUUUUCUUCAUUAAUUCAACCAUGUGAUGUUUAUUUACUUGGGUUACAGGCCUGGGACCCCGGGUGAGAGGAGAGUAAGAUCUCUUGAGCUGCAGGAGCUCACGCAUGGGGGAGAGAGUCAGCUGAGCAUUAGAGUGUGAACAAAUCUUAACAGAGAUCAACAGGCAGUGGACACAGCCAGAGUAGAGACAUGAGAAUCGGGACAUGAUUCCUGGAAGUAGAAAGUCCAGGGCAAAUGAGAGACAGGUUGGUCCUUAGCAUCAUGUGCUUCAUACCCAGGUCUUUCCUCUGCCAUGGCCAGGGCACAGCAGUCACAGUUGAAGUGAAUCAUAAGCUUCAAGCCUCGGAGUACAAGAAAGACAAGAUUCAAAGACAUCCAUUUUUGUUGUCAUAAGAGAUGACCUGACCGGACAAUUCGUAGAGGUUUAUUUGAGUUCAUGGUUCUAGAGGCUGGGAAGCCUGAGAGCAUGGGUACCAACACCUGCCAGGUUCCUGGUGAAGCCUCACACUGCUUUAAUUUGUGGCAGAAAGGCGAAGCUGGAGACCACACACCACACACAAACUCAUUAUAACAAUGUGUGCCCUGUUGUUAAUCAGCCUAGUGAGGAAAGCUCGCUCCACAAAAGGCCAUGCUUCCCUUGGGGGAGGGGGAGGGAAUACUUCUUAAAUGCCCCCACAUCUCAAUAUAUCGGGGACCAAGUUUUAAGAUGAGUUUUGGUGACCACAAACCAUAAAGCCAGCUAUAAUGUUUGUCUCUCUAGAGUUGUAGGAGAUAUAACAAAGUAUUGGCUUCCUACAACAUUUUGCAUUUAGCUAUCAGAGGAACUAAAGUGUUAGAAAAAGUCAUUCAUAUUCCAAGAGCAGAUUUGUCAUGAGUGGCUGCCUUCCUCAGACCAGAAGCCUAAAAUCCUGAUGUACACUGACAUCCUAGAUAACCUUGACCCAGCGAUCCCAGCCUGGGGCUGUAUCUAGCCAGGGUUUCUACCCUGACAACAGACUUGUCUUUUUAUCCAUCUCCAGUCAAGGCCCUCUGAACCAUCUUCCUGAUGAGGCCCCAACCUUGGCUAGUAAAAACUGCGUACUCUUGGUCCAAAUUAUUUCACCAACCUUCAUAGCCUAAGAGACUUGAACAAACAUUAGGGGUUUUUUGUUUUUGUUUUUCCCUAAGAGCACAAAGCUGAGUCCCUGGGGUUAUCCUAGCCCCUUAAAGUAGGCAGAGAGGCUACUGGAUUCUCUCAGUGCAACUGAGAAAGCUUGCAAUUACAAAUCCUCUCUCUUUCCCUUUGAGAAGUAAUUCUUCUACCAUCUAAAAUGGUCUCUUAGAAAUGCGAACACUGAAACCCUGCAAGAACUCUCCUAGCAUCUAGAAACAUCUCUUUGAAAUGCAAAAAUAUUAGACUCUGCUAGGUCCGCACCUUGCAGGUCAGAGUCACAUAUCUGGAAAUUAUUUCUCCUCCAGAGCACGGAUCACAUGGACCCUCCCUUCCCUGUUCGUAAAUUUCCGCUUGGCUUAUCUGUUACUGAGGAAAAUACACCGGCGACUAAAUCCAGGACUUCAUUAUUAAGCACAUUCUACCAUCAACACUGGAAAGUAUCGUUAUAACAUGGAUUGUAGUCAGUCGGUUAUACUUGGGGAAGAACAGAAGAAAUGCCACAUCUUUAGGUAAUAGUUAAUAUGGUCAACUUGACAGGAUCUAGGCUCCCAUAGCUGACAAGCCUCUGGGCAUGUCUGUGGGGGGAUCACCUAGAUUGGGUUAAAUGAGAGGGAAAGACAUACUCUAAGUGGGCGGCACCAUUCCCUGGGCUGGGAUUCCAGAUGGAACAAACAGGAGACCAAGCGAGCACACACCUCCAGCCCCGUGUGCUUCCCGGCUGUGGACUCUGGUAGCCCAGACAAACCCUUCCUUCCCUGAGUGGCUUUUGUCAGGGAUUCAGUUUCGUUAACAGUGCAGGUAACUAGCACAUCAGACAUGCAUGUUGGGUGUCCAGUGGUUGAUCCAUUUGCCCCAACCUCCCCCUCCAGUGUCAACUUCCACCAGAGCGAGGCUUUUCAAAUGAAAACGCCCAUUCAAACAGCUGUUCUUUCUAUCCGUUUCCUUUUAGAGUUCUUUCUGCUUAGCCUGGUCCCGCGCACCAGAUUCGGAGCUCUCUCAAAAGGAGCAGGAUUGAUCUGAUUCUGGUCUCACAACCCAUGAGGAGCCCCAGUUGUGUCACGUGAUGGCUUAACCUCCGAACAAGUCAUUUUUUUUUUUUUUUUUUUGUGCUCCCAUUUCGUCGUUGGUGAAACGAUUCUAAUUAUAGUGUGUCCUUUAGCGGUCUCAUAGAUUUAAAUUAGACAAUAGACUUGAAGUGCCUAGAACAAAGGUCUGUUACUUUCUCUGAAAAAAACACUUCCCUUGUUAGCACAACCAAGUCUGCUUUCGCCUGCACGCUAGCACUGUCUACUUCAUCUCCACAGAGAAGCAUAAUGAGAUCUGAAGCUAGACUUCUUGGGUUCAAAUAUCCACCCUGCCACUGCAGUUUGAUGCCAGCAGCACAUGGAGGAGCUGAGGUGGGGAGCUCGGGUGAGCAGUUUCCCUUUCCACAGCCUUGUCCAGGGCUCCGUGCGCGCCUCCCCACCCAGCACGCUUUCAGGAACCACUGGUUAGAAAAGAAUUUCCUUCAGUUAACCCAAAAGACGAUGCAGCCAUAUUGUCCCCCUGGAGGAACGCUAAGUCUGGGGGGGAAAAACAAAAACAAAAAUUGGGGGCCCAUUGUCCUCAGCUGUAGAGAACAGCAAGUCGACAUUCAGCGAUUGCAGCCGAGGAUGAGGACGCACCGCGACAUGGACCAAGGACCCCAGGCCGCAUCACACCUGUGGACCACCCUUAGGGGUCCACUUUGCAUUUCUGCAAUAGCCUCAUUACCCUGGACGACUUGCCUAAUGCCCGAGUGCCUGCACCUGGAGAUACACGCGCCUUGAGCCCAGAGGGGAUCUAGCAGCGCGUCUCACGGCAGCCUAGAC